AUGGAGACCAGGGAGGACAAAUCCCCACGGCAGAACCUCAUGGAAGAGGCUGUUUUGAGUGGCUCCAUGGCACAGGAAUCCAAUGGGGAUGAAAAGACACAGAGAUCCCAUAGGAUGAGGGGCUCUGAGAAGGAAAGACCCCCCCUGUGCCAGGAAGAUGGACAGAUCUUCAGCCAGAACUUGGAGCUGGUGGCCCAUGAGCAGCUUCAUGAUGGGGAGAAGCCCUACAAGUGCUUGGAGUGUGGGAAGAGCUUCAGGCAGAGGAGCAUCCUGAUCAGCCACCAGAUGAUCCACACUGGGGAAUUGCUCUACGAGUGUGGGGAAUGUGGGAAGGGCUUCAGCUACAGAUCCACCCUUGUGACCCACCAACGCAUCCACACUGGGGAGAGGCCCUAUGAAUGUGUUGAGUACAAGAAGCUGAGGAUGGAGACAAGGGAGGCCAAAUCUUCACAGCAGAACCUUAUCGAAGAAGCCAUUUUGAGUGGCUCCAGGGCACAGGAAUCCAAUGGGGAAGAAAAGCCCCAGAGAUUCCAUAGGAUGAGUGGCUCCAAACCCAGGCCCCAGAGUGCUCCAAACCCAAUGCCCCAGGCUCCAAACCCAAACCCAGAGUGCUUUGAGGAGGAAAGACCCACCCUGAGCCAGGAAGGUGGACAGUGCUUCAGCCAGAUCUCAGAGCUGGUAGUCCAUGAGCAGCUUCAUGAUGGGGAGAAGCCCUACAAGUGCUUGGAGUGUGGGAAGAGCUUCAGGCACAGCAGCACCCUGAUCCGCCACCAGAUGAUCCACACCAGGAAAUGGCCCUAUGCGUGUGGGGAAUGUGGGAAGGGCUGCAGCUGCAGCUCAGAACUGAUCAUCCACCAACGCAUCCACACUGGGGAGAGGCCCUAUGAGUGCCCCACGUGUGGAAAGAUGUUUUCCACCAGCUCCAAUCUCCUCCUGCAUGAGCGGAUUCACACGGAUGAGAGGCCCUUCCGCUGCCCUGACUGCGGGAAGGGCUUCAAGCAAAAUUCCCACCUCAUCACCCACCGGCGCAUCCACACUGGGGAGAG